GAGGAUUUUUACAUCCCUCUAUCUACAAGAUCUAUAUAUAUAUCUCCGUCUUCUCUCUGCUCCGCUACUCAGUUCACAUCUUCAUAUAGAUAUAUAAAUAUAUAUAUAUAUAUAUGUAUAUAUACAGAGAAUCACAUAAAAAAAGUUAGAUAUACUAUGAGAUGUAUUUGAUAUAUUCUAGUUCUCUUGUUGAGUGACAAGAGAGAUUGCAGAAGAAGUAAGCCAGUGGGAAAAGGAAAGAUAAAUCUGGAGGCAAUUUCACUUAAAUUGAAAACGAAUUGUAGCAUUUGAAUUGUGUGAUUCAAGAAAUACGAAUUCAUCAGAUUCUCAUAUAUAUGGAGUUUCAAUCAGUGGCCACACAGAAAAGUACUGGUGAGAGUGACAUUGAUUUUGCGAAAUGCGAGUGCUGUGGAUUGACGGAGGAGUGUACUCCGGCGUACAUAUCCGGCGUUCGCGCAAGGUAUGAAGGCCGUUGGAUAUGCGGACUCUGUUCGGAGGCAGUGGAAGACGAGAUUGUGAGGUCGGAGAGACCAAUCGGCACCGAAGAAGCACUGAAUCGGCACGUGAGCUUCUGCACCAAGUUCAGAUUUUCUAGUCCUCCGGCCAAUCCUACGGAGGACCUCAUCUCCGCCAUGAAGCAGCUUUUCCGGCGAAGUCUGGAUUCUCCGAGGUCACUGACAUCUUCUCCAACUCCUCCCUCUGUGCUCGUUCAAUCGGAAAGUUGUUGCUCUGUUCUUGAUGGUUGAACAGUUAAUUCCACUCUAUCUACAUGGUUGAAGUAAUGAAGUACUCAUUUUCAAUCCAAUUCAAAUAUAUAUAUAUAUAUUAUUAUAUACUUUGAAAUC